AUGAAGUUGGCUCAUAAAGACAUCGAGAAGGAUAAUGCCGGAUCCGAUGUCACAAACAGGAAAGUGCAGACGGAGUCCUCCACAGGCAGUGUGGGCAGUUCACGUGUGCGCACCACACUGACUUUAUGUGUGGCGACGAUAGACUUUGAUUCCCAGGCCUGUCAGCUCAGAGUCAAAGGAACAAACAUCCAGGAGAACCAGUAUGUGAAGAUGGGUGCCUAUCAUACCAUUGAGCUGGAGCUCAACAGGACGUUCACUCUCGCCAAAAAAGUCUGGGACAGUGUGGUGUUGGACAGAAUUGAGCAGGCAUGUGAUCCCGCUCAGAAAGCAGAUGUGGCUGCUGUUGUGAUGCAGGAAGGUCUGGCCAAUCUGGUUCUCGUGACUCCAGCCAUGACCUUACUAAGGGCGAAGGUUGAGGUCACCAUCCCCCGCAAGAGGAAAGGCAGUUGUACCCAACAUGACAAGUUUCUUUUUCAUGGCAGACAUCAAGACAUAGCCACCCGCAGCCGGUAUGUUCGGCUUGUAGACAACGUGAAGGAAAAUGGAGGAAAUGUCAGAAUCUUCUCAAGCCUACAUGUAUCUGGAGAACAAUUGAAUCAGCUGAGUGGAGUGGUGGCCGUCCUGAGGUUCCCCAUCGCUGACAUGUCUGAAGCUGAGGAGGACAGCAGCUCUGAUGAAGACUAACAUCAUGCUCUUGUGCAAAAGGAUUUGGUAUGAAAGGGUGGAAAUGCUUCACAGUUUGGACUAAAUGGAAUGAAACUCAGUUAUGGCCUUAAUAAAGGUUUUGAAAUCA